AGUGUCUGAGAAGUUUCAAAAAUUACUUUGAGAGGCAAGAAUGAGUGUCCAGGAAAUCCAGAAGGAUUCCUGUUGCAGAUUGUGCGUGAAGGAUAUUCCACAAAAAUCUGAGAUUUAUCCAGAAGUUCUCAAGAAUCUCAACACAAUCUUUAAUCUCGAGAUCUGCGAUGAGGAUUCCUGGCCAAAGGGAAUCUGUGCCUACUGUAGAGAAAAAUCCGAGGAAUGCAUCAACUUCUUCCGGAAGAUAAAGGAAGGAGAGGAGAAACUUCUUGAAAUAUUUGGAGAAAAGUUUCAGGAUGUCAAGAAGGAAGUCAUCUACACGGAGGAACUUCCGAUUGAGAUAAAACAGGAAGUUUUCGAAGAUGAGCCUGAAAUACCAAAUAAUGACAAUGUGGUCUGUUCUAUGGGAGAAGAAUUAAUAAAUCCUACAACCAAAGAAGCUACCGAAGCAUCAAGAAAGGCUGUGAAAUCAGAGAGAUCUUCCCGGAGGGAAAAAACUCAUCCGAAGAGAUCCUGGACGAGAAGAGAACACAAAGAGGAAGCAAAAAAGAUGACAAUAGCAAUGGUGCGAGAUGAGCUGGUCAGGAAUUGCUUGGGCUUCAAAUGCGACAUUUGCUCACACGACGCCAAGAGCUACCGCAGACUGAGGAAUCAUUUUCUAAUCAGCCACGGUGUUAAGGGCUACAUGAUUUGCUGCUUUAAGAAAUUCACAUCCCUCGGUCGCCUGGCGAGUCAUCUAAAGCUCCACGCUGAUCCGGAAGCCUUCAAAUGCUCAAAAUGCUCAAGAAUCCUGAGCAAUCUCAAAGCAAUGCGCCGGCACAUGAGAACCUGCUCAAAGGAUCCCAAAACAUUUUCCUACAUCUGUGAAGUAUGCUCUCAGGCAUUCCCCAGCUCUAGGGCACUCUACGUGCAUCGUCGGAAGCACGCUCCUGAUGAAGAGAAGCUCCACAGAUGCACGGAAUGUUCAAGGAGAUUCCUAACGCCGUCUGAGCUGAAGUAUCAUCGUAUUCGGUUGCAUGAGAAGGCCAAGAGCAGCAUCUGUGAUAUCUGCGGAAAGGGCUUCGGCACCAAAUCCGACGUUGAGUGGCACGUAAAGACAACCCAUCUCAAAAAAAUCCCCAAAGUCAGUUGUGAUCGUUGUGGGAAUUCCUACUCAAAGAAGAACAUCUACCAUCACCUAAAACGGUGCCAGAUGGAUCCCGUCACGUGUGGGCAGUGUGGGAAGGAACUGAGCAACGAACCAGCCCUAAAGAGGCACAUCAAGAACAUCCAUGAGGACACAGAGAAGAAAACUUAUCCCUGUGGGCUUUGUGAGAAAUCCUUCCUGAGAAAAAGCCAACUUGUUGAUCAUUCAGCAAAACAUUCCAACAUCCCACCGUAUCAGUGCUCCUACUGCGACAUGAAGUUCUAUGCAUGUUCUACGAAACAAGCUCAUCAGAGAGCUCAACAUCCGAUUGAGAAUGCAGCUGCUAAGAUAAAGAAACCAAGCGCAACAACUACGGAUUCUCUAGGCAAAUGAAGCUUAGCGUAGAAUUUGAUUCGAACGACUGACUAGACUAAUAAAAAAUCUAAGGAAAGUCUAGAAAAGACGGAUCAACAAUAGUCAAGGAUCUGAAUGCUUAAGGAUCUAAUCAUAAGAUCCUUAAAAGGAGAAAGUUUGCAAAAGAAUUCCAAGAAUUCCUAAAACCAAAAUCAACGCUAAAGUUCUUCUUUUAGCAGCCAUGUUAGUCCGCCAUUUUGUUUUGUAAAUACCUAAGAAAAAUAAAGAAAAUUGUAUAAAAUUGGAGAAAAUAAAUAAUAAAUUAAAUAAAA